GCGACGGCGGCGGCAGUGGCGGUGGCGGUUGCAGCUCCGAGCCGUUGAGACGCCUCUGCGGCAGCUGGUGGCGCAGGUGGCCGGCGUGGACGUGGGCAGAGGCGGCCAGCGCGCCCCGCAGCUCCAGCGUCGCCGCCCGGCAGGCGCGUCGGGACACCCCGAGGCAUCCUCCCCCGCCCGCGGGCCCGCCAGUCCCAGCUCGUGUCCGCGCUCGCAUCUCCCGAUCGCGGCUGCGCUGCUCCCCCUUCUGGUCUUGGGACUCCCGGCGUCGCCCCUCAAACAUGACUCGCGAUUUCAAACCUGGAGACCUCAUCUUCGCCAAGAUGAAAGGUUAUCCUCAUUGGCCAGCUCGAGUAGAUGAAGUUCCUGAUGGAGCUGUGAAACCACCCACAAACAAACUACCCAUUUUCUUUUUUGGAACCCAUGAGACUGCUUUUUUAGGACCAAAGGACAUAUUUCCUUACUCAGAAAAUAAGGAGAAGUAUGGCAAACCAAAUAAACGAAAAGGUUUCAAUGAAGGAUUAUGGGAGAUAGAUAACAAUCCAAAAGUGAAAUUUUCAAGUCAACAGGCAUCAACUAAACAAGCAAAUGCAUCAUCUGAUGUUGAAGUUGAAGAAAAAGAAACUAGUGUUUCAAAGGAAGAUACUGAUCAUGAAGAAAAAGCCAGCAAUGAAGAUGUGACUAAAGCAGUCGACAUAACCACUCCAAAAGCUGCCAGGCGAGGAAGAAAGAGAAAGGCUGAAAAACAAGUGGAAAGUGAAGAAGCAGGAAUGGUGGCUGCAGCAACAGCUUCUGCUAACUUGAAAGCAAGUCCUAAGAGAGGACGACCUGCAGCUACUGAAGUCAAGAUUCCAAAACCAAGAGGCAGACCUAAAGUGGUAAAACAGCCCUGUCCUUCAGAGAGUGACAUGGUUAUUGAUGAAGACAAAAGUAAAAAAAAAGGGCCAGAGGAAAAACAACCUAAAAAGCAGCUAAAAAAGGAAGAAGAAAGUCAAAAGGAAGAGGAUAAGUCAAGAAAAGAACCAGAUAAGAAAGAGGGGAAGAAAGAAGUGGAAUCUAAACGGAAAAAUUUAGCUAAACCAGGGGUUACAUCAACCUCUGAUUCAGAAGAUGAAGAUGAUCAAGAAGGUGAAAAGAAGAGAAAGGGUGGAAGAAACUUCCAGACUGCUCACAGAAGGAACUUGCUGAAAGGCCAACAUGAGAAAGAAGCUGCAGAGCGGAAACGCAAGCAAGAGGAACAAAUGGAAACUGAGCAGCAGAAUAAAGAUGAAGGAAAGAAGCCAGAAGUUAAGAAAGUGGAGAAGAAGCGAGAAACAUCAAUGGAUUCUCGACUUCAAAGGAUACAUGCUGAAAUUAAAAAUUCACUCAAAAUUGAUAAUCUAGAUGUGAACAGAUGCAUUGAGGCACUGGAUGAACUUGCUUCACUUCAGGUAACAAUGCAGCAAGCUCAGAAACACACAGAGAUGAUCACAACCCUGAAGAAAAUACGGCGGUUCAAAGUUAGUCAAGUUAUCAUGGAAAAGUCUACAAUGUUAUAUAACAAGUUUAAGAACAUGUUUUUGGUUGGUGAAGGAGAUUCAGUCAUCACCCAAGUGCUGAACAAAUCCCUUGCUGAACAAAGACAGCAUGAGGAAGCAAAUAAAACCAAAGAUCAAGGGAAGAAAGGGCCAAACAAAAAGCUAGAAAAGGAACAAACAGGUUCAAAGACCUUAAAUGGAGGAUCUGACACUCAAGACAGUAGUCAUCCACAACAUAAUGGUGACAGUAAUGAAGAAAGCAAAGACAGCCACGAGGCCAGCAGUAAGAAAAAGUCAUCUGGAGAAGAGAGAGAGGCUGAAUUAUCUCUGAAGGAAUCACCACUAGAUAACUAGGUUGGCAGUUGUGGGGUGUAAAGAAUAUGUGAAGUCUGUUGUGAGUGGCUUCAUUUUGAAAUACUUAAGCUGCUGAAAGGGUUAAAUUUUUAUAAGCAUAGGUUUUGAGGUUUUAAGUAGUUUAGGGGAAGAAAAUCCCUUUAUGUUUGUGUAAAAGUAAAAAUUAUUACUAAUUUUCUGUGUGCAGUAUUAACAGCUCCAUCCAGUUCAAGUGUGAGGGAAACCUACUUAGAAAGGUUCGCCUGCUUUGUAGACAUGACUAGUGUAUUCUGGUUAGUGUGUGUGUUCAUGUGUAAUUGGUAGUAGGCCAGUUACAUUUUCAAACUGCUACUUGUAUAAAUUGUUCCUUUUCUCCCAAAUACUGUGGGUUUUGUGCAUAGUUUUUACAAAUCUUGGAUUUACCAGACUGUCUUUCCACUGUUUGUGGGUUUUUUAGAAGUUGAGCAUUUUUAUGGUUGAUAAAAUGAAUGUUACUUCUAAGCACUCACUCCUUUUUAUCACAAGUUGACUUUAACCUCAGUCUAUUGUGCUGCAUUAACUUGCUUCUUUGUAAUAAUGUGUAGUCUGUAUGACAACUAGACAUCCAAAUGAUUGUUUUAGAAGGUACAAAUCUGUUAAUUUUUGAAAGUAAUUUAGUUUUAGGUCUGGGAAUUCAUUGGAGUCAGAACUAAAGAGAACAGACUGGGUAUAUAUAGAAAGUUCAUUUACAAUAUUUACUAGUCACAACAACCUAAAACUUGUUUUAAAUCUUGCACUCUUUAAGAAGGUCACACAUUAAGGUGCCCCCCCCCUUUUUUUUAAAUUGUAAUCAACCCAUGAUGCUUAAGUGGUAAAUAUAAAUAAGGAAGUUAACAUAAUUGAAAACAAGGGAUUGGUAUUUAGUUUCUGUAUCAGACAUCACAGGAUUACAAAAGUAAAAGGUAGAAACAUCAGGUGUUUCAAAGUAGUAACUAGAUAGUCCAUAUGCACAAAUGUAGACUAUCACAGUCUGUUAAAUUAAGGGAUAGCAUUUCAAAGGUAUUCUGAAUAAUCACGUCAGUUAUUGGUUUCCAGUAGGAAAAGUUCAUUACUGUGCUUUGAAAUUUAAUGGGAAAGUGACUUAAUACCAGUGUUUGUGUGUGGUCUGAUUAUACUGAUCUUGAUUUCUCAGAUAUUUGUUUUCACUUAUGAAAAGAAUUUUGAAUUAAUCAAUAAUUGGACUUUUCCUCUUAUGAUUGAACUACUGUUUUGGGCAAAUGCUGUAUGUUAUAUAUACACCAGUCUUCUGUUUUGUCCGUAGUACAAUUUUAACUUGGACAAAAAUUAUUCUAGUUAAGCCAUAAGUGUCAAAUGUGUAAACUUGUUUUAAUUAAAAAUUUUUCUACCAAA